GCCUUUGCCAGACGCUGAGGGUCGGCGUUGGCCGAGCCCUAUAAAUGGCCCUGGCGGCCGAAGACCGCGGCUACCCCGGUGCAGAAUCCCGCGUCAGACACCGAAGCGCAAAGGGUUCCGACCGAGACCAUGACCCAGCAUCCGUGGGGCUAUUCCAAGGAAAACGGGCCUGAUCGUUGGCAUGAAACUUACCCAUUGGCCAAAGGAAAUAAUCAGUCGCCAGUUGCAAUCCUUACCAAAGAUGUCUUCCAAGACCCCGUUCUUCUACCUUGGUUUACAAGUUAUGAUCCAGGGGCAUCUAAGACCAUAACAAACACUGGAAAAACUUGCCGGAUUGCAUUUGAUGACACCUUUGAUCGCUCAGUAUUGAGGGGUGGACCACUCCCAGGAAUUUACAGGCUGCGUCAGCUCAACAUCCACUGGGGUUCUACAGAUGACAAAGGCUCUGAGCAUGUUGUGGAUGCAACAAGGUAUGCAGGAGAGAUUCAUGUGGUGCAUUGGUAUUCAAAGUACAGUAAUUAUGGAGAUGCUGUGAGAAAACCGGAUGGCGUGGCGAUUUUGGCCAUUCUUAUACAAGUAGAGAAAACUCCCAAGCCAGAAAUGAAGAGAAUUCUUGAAGAAAUGAGUAAUAUUAAGGCAAAGGGAAAAGAGGCUCCUUUUCAAAACUUUGAUCCAUCAAUUCUUUUCCCUAAAAACCGGAGCUAUUGGACCUACCAAGGCUCUUUCACGACACCUUCUUGUGAAGAGUGUGUUACCUGGAUUAUUCUGAAAGAACCUAUCGUCGUUAGCGAGGAACAGAUGGAAAAGUUUCGUAGCCUUUCUAGUAAGCCUGCAGAUGAACCCCACUGCCCUUUGGUGGACAACUGGCGGCCUCUUCAACCUCUCAAUAACAGGAUGGUGAGAACUCCGUAUCAGUAGAAUCUCUGUUGAAGUUCAUGGUCUUCAAAUCCACACUCACAAUGAAUACUAUCUCCAUCAGGAUCUGUGCUGCUGAAGUCAGAAACUCUGGGUGAUGAAACAGGAGAGAUUAUUAAAUCAAUCUAAUCUCUAGAGGAAAAAAAGAUUGUGAGGCAAAUUAUAUUAAAACACUAGAUCUAUGUAUGCAAUCUUUGUUUAUGGGGUGUAUGAAUUUGUAUGAAUAAUUCUACGGAGGAAAGGGUAAUCCACUAUUUACUUCUUCGAGGAUUAAGGAUCUCUCUCUCUCUCUCUCUCUCUCUCUCUCUCUCUCUCUCUCUCUCACACACACAC